AGCGUGACCGGGCACCACCAGCGGCCCUUCUGCGGGAGCGAGGAGGCGGCGCAGGUCAUGGACGGCGAGGAGCCUGUGCGGGAGGCGGUGACCAACACGCUGACGCUGAAGGAGGGGGAAAUCAUUUCGUUCCAGAUCAGCGUGGGAUGCACCGCCGACGAGACCGUUCCCGAAGGCCCGGUCCUCCUGCAGUACAGCAAGGACGGGGGCGUGACCUGGUCCCUGGUGCACGAAGGGUGCCCGCCCUCUGCCCUGCACUGCGACCCCCCCAGCGAGCCCAGCGUGCACCGGCCGGGGCACCACGGGCCCUGGACCAGGGUCGUGCGCCGCGCGGACCACAGGCUGGCCCACGGCUCGGUGCAGCUCCGUUGGAAGCAAGAAAAAACCCGGGAGAAACGGACAGCGGCGUCUUUGCCAUUCGACAGCUGUACAUAGGGCCCCCCUGCCCUUACCUCUGCCACGGCCACGGUGUCUGCACGGCUGCGGGGUUGUGCAAGUGUGACAAGGGAUAUAACGGGACCUACUGCGGCCUCCUCCCCGCCCCCAACCCCGCGUGGAUGGAGGACGACUUCGAGGGCGACCUCCUCUCGCCCUCGUGGGAGCGAACUGAGGGCGCCGCCGUCGGGCUGGGCUGCGGGCCUCACCACUCCGGCCACGCCCUGGUCUUCUCCGCCGCCGGGCCGCGCGCCGCCACCACGCGGCCGCUCGACACCAGGAAGACCAAGUACCUCGUGUUCCACCUGCAGAUCGGCUCUCCUGAGGCGGGGGGGCGGUGUCGUCAGGCGGAGGUUCCUCGCGACAACGUGGUCCUCGAGCAUUCGCCCGACAACGGACAGAGCUGGGCCUUGAUGCGGCAGUUCGAGGCGGCGGACGCGAGGAAUAGACGCGAGCCCUUCUUCAUCCGGGUCCCCGACGGCGCCCGGACCCGGCAGACGCGCUUCCGCUGGUGGCAGAGCUACGCGGGCAUGAUGCUGUCGGAUUCGCCCUACGCGGGUAUGUUGGCGGAGGACCGAGCCGAGUGGCACUUGGACAACGUCAUGGUGAAGGCCAACGACAGCCUGCCCGCCAGCCUGUACGACGACUUCGGGGGAAACACGACCUCGCACGACCCCUGGUUCCUGAGGGCGGGCGCCGCCAUCUCGCCGGCGUGCGGGAAGCUGGACGACCCUGUGAUGCUCUUCUCGGGGCAGACCGCGCGCAAGUUCGCGGAGACGUGGGACGUGUCGGCGAGCGGGGCGACGGUGGUCCAGUUCGACCUCAACAUCGGCUGCGGCGGCUUCUCCCCCAACACGCAGGUGGAUCUGCAGUACUCCACCGACCACGGCAAGACCUGGCAGCUGGUGCGGGACCUGUGUGCCCCUCCGCAGGUGGAUUGCGAGUCGUUCCACCUGCCGACGUCCUUCAGUUCUUCCAGCGCGGGCGAGUGGACGAGGGUCACCACCACGCUGCCGGAGAGGACGUUCGGCGAGAGGACCCGCCUCCGCCUGGUGGAGGCGGAGCGGGAGGGGCGCGGCGCGGGCGGCGGCGAGUGGGCGCUCGAUAACGUGUUUGUGGGGGACACGUGCCCUUGGCUAUGCUCCGGCCACGGCUACUGUCGCCAUGGGAAGUGUGUCUGUGACGAGGACUACUUCGGCGCCUUCUGCGUGCCCGCGCGAGUCCUGCCCUGCGAGCUGCUCGACACCUUCGACCGCGCGAGCCUCGACGCCGCCCUGUGGCUCUCCUCGCAGGGCGCGGAGGUGUCGCAGCGCUGCCACGUCCUGGUGUCGAGGGCGGCCCUCGUCUUCUUCAAGGACGGUGUGCGGCAAGCCACCACCACAGACCUGGACAUGACGGGCGGCCAGUACGUCCAGUUCACGAUCAUGAUGGGCUGUGAGGCGCCGAGGGGGGCGAGGGCCAAGAGGGGAACGACCAUGAUCGAAGACCCUCUUAUCUCUCCCUCUGGCUCUUCCUCUUCGUCCUCUUCGUCCUCUUCGUCUUCUUCGUCUUCUUCGUCUUCUUCUUCGUCGAGUGAGCAAGCUAGUCGGCGCUAUGGUGUUCUCGUACAGUAUUCCGUUAACGGUGGCAUUACUUGGAAACUGCUGAAGGAACUGCACUUCACGCCCCUGCCGACGCCCGAGUUCGUGAGCAUCAGCCUGCGCGACUUCCCCGAGGCGGCUACCAACGCCACCCGCUUCCGCCUGUGGCAGCCGCGCCACGAGGGCCUCCUGACGCACACGUGGGCGGUGGACAACGUCUUCAUCGGAGGCACGCCCGUGUCGCCCAACGCCCUCCACGACGACUUCGAGAAGGCGGCGCCCGUCCCCGACGCCUGGCUGGACUGGCCCGGCGGCGAGGUCGACGUCAUGUGCAAGCAGGCGGGCGGGCGUCGGAGCCUGGUGUUCGGCGGCCAGGAGGGCGAGCGCGCGCUCUACACCCGCGACCUCAGCGUCGGACCCGAUUCGGUGCUGCAGUAUGAGAUCAUGGUGGGCUGCGGUGACGUGACGGCCCGGGAGCACAGCGUGAGCGUCCAGUACAGCGCGGACGCCGGUCUGAGCUGGACGACGGUGCGUCCGGCGAGCGGCGUCCAUCACUCGAGUCCUGACUGUCUGCACGAGCUGAGGACGCCGACGGUGCACUAUCCACACGCCGCUCCUGCCGGGACGUGGACGAGAGUCGUUGUCCCGCUGUCGGAUAUCAGGAUUUGUGGCACCGUCCGCUUCCGCUGGCACCAGGGAUCGUACGGCGCGCGCGAGGCCUCCGUCCCCUGGGCCGUCGACAACGUGUACGUGGGGCCCUCCUGCGUCGACCACUGCGGCGGCCACGGCACCUGCCUUGACGGGGAGACGUGCGAGUGCGAUGAGGCUUACGAGGGAGGCUGCAGCUGCCAUCUCGAGGUGGACAAUCCGCAGACGCUGACGCACGACUUCGAAGGACCCGAGCUGGCGGAGCAGUUCGUGCGGUGGGCGGGCGCCGAGGUCUCGCGCUUCUGCGGCGUCGUGACGGGCGAGUCGCUGGUGUUCUCGGAGCAGGGCGAGAGGGCGCUCGUGACCAGGGACCUCGACCUCGAGCUCGGAGGGUGA